AAUUUGUGGGGCGGAUUCUUGAUUACUUUUCGAACAUUUUGUUUUAAACAGUAAUUGAUUCUGUUUGAAGGUUUCACAACUUUUAGUAGUUCGUAGGUUGUUUACGAGUUCAAAUGCUUUGAAACGUCAACCAUAAUUGACGACAAUGUCAUUUUUUACAAAGCUGUAUUCCAAUAUUCACUUUGUACCUAGAUGUGGCACACAAACACAAGGUGGGGUUGAAGUCCUUGUCGAAAUGUUCCUUCUUGAAAUGCUCGAUAAUAAAACUUGCCACGCGUUAAGUUUGAAGCUCCUCUCACAAUACUGGGAAGCCAACGUUGCAGAAGGAAAUGUUGUUCCUGAGUUUGCAGAUGUGGUUGAAAAGAGAAAUAUCGCCGGCGUGUUGUACUGUGUUGGUCGAUUCUUAUCCAACCCACCCAUAAUGGUGAUGGGCCAAGCACUUCUUGGUCAAAUCGAGGCAGAACAUGGCAUUAGGGCAAUUUACCAAGAACCAUGGGGUCCACUGUCUUGGGAACCUGGCUAUUUGGAUACAGCUUUAAAUUAUCUGGAAACCUCAAAUUCUGUUAUAUCCGAAGAAUGUGCGAAUACUUUACUUCACUGUGCGGGUCAACAAGGUAGUGACUGUGAUACAUUAGUGAAAGUUAAAGAAGUUAUAAACAACUUGCGCGAAAGAAGUUUAAUAUCUUCUGAUGAAACUCUUACAUUGAAUGGUGCUGCCAACAAGUUGUUAUCUUGCCUUAAAGUGAACGAAGAACAAGAUAUGAAUUCAUUUAAACAAACAGCACAAGACUGGGUGAAAGAAAGAGAAACUUUAAUAGAAAUAGAAAGUCAAAUAUUAAAGGAAUAUUCUAACGAGAGAGAAAGAGUUUUUCAAGAAAUGGAAAUUGAUGAUAAAGCUCACUUGAUGGCAGUAGAGAGACUGGGUUUCUGGGACUUGGCAAAAAGUGAAGAAGCCGAUGUUUCGGACCAAAUAUUUUAUCUUCGUAAAGAUUAUGUCGAAGGUGCUAUGUAUGACCUGGAUAUUUUAGAACGAUAUCGAGAAAUUUGUGGGUCAACUAAAGAACCAGUGAUUCUCAUAUAGAAGUUUUAUAGAGGGUUUCAAUUCAUUUUCCUUAUGUGCGGCUCCAUUGUAGUUCAACACAGUACAAGAAGACAACUGUUAUCAUCACCAAGUGAUGGUUAAAUUAUAUUUUAAAUACAACACGUGUCAAGAUAGUA